CAUACGACGCUCGGGCGCUAUUCUGUUCUUUGCUUUGCCUGCUGAGAUUCUAAUGCAACAGAGCCCAAUCAAGAUUAUGCCAUCUCAACUCUUCCUUUCAGAGCACGCGGACAUGAGGACCACAUAAACGGCAUGGACACAGACACAACGCCGCAUCGUUCAUACCGAAACCUCUUCUUGUAGGUAGGAAUUGUAUUUUCUUCAGUCACUUCAGAUGGCAGAUCUUGAGCAAGGAGGAGCAGCCUCUCCCCGAGCCCAGCAGCUCUUCUAAACGCGAGGGUUCGGAUCUGAGAAAGCGCAGGUGUGCCCGGGGUGCUUUCUUUCAGCUGCUUCUUUCUGAAGGGGAAAGUAUCAGGAUUACCAGCCGAUGUAAAUUCAAGGACACUUCUGAUAGUAACUGGUGAGGAAGAAGGGAAAAAGCUGCAAACUGUGACAGUCGGGGGCUCGCGCGAAAGGCUCAACAUAUCACUGGAUUCUACAUUUAUACCUCAAGAAAAAUGUCAUCUCAGACGAAAAUUAAGAAAGACAAGGAGAUCAUUGCGGAGUAUGAAACGCAAGUGAAAGAGAUCCGUAAUCAGUUGGUGGAGCAGUUUAAGUGCCUGGAGCAGCAAUCAGAGGCUCGGAUCCAGCUGUUGCAGGACCUGCAGGAAUUUUUUCGGCGCAAGGCCGAGAUUCAACUGGAGUACUCUCGCAGUCUGGAGAAACUGGCCGAGAGGUUCUCAUCAAAGAUUCGUGGCCCAAGGAAAGAACAACACCUUCUCUCGUCAGUAAACUGCUGGUAUCUGGUUUUGAACCAGACUCGAAGAGAAAGUAGAGAUCACGCCACUCUUAAUGACAUCUACAUCAACAAUGUCAUCGUUCGCCUGGCUCAGAUCAGCGAGGAUGUCAUCCGGCUCUUCAAAAAGAGUAAAGAUAUUGGCAUUCAGAUGCACGAGGAGCUGGUGAAAGUGACGAACGAGCUGUACACUGUGAUGAAGACUUAUCACAUGUACCACACGGAGAGCAUCAGCGCAGAAAGCAAGCUGAAGGAGGCUGAGAAACAAGAGGAGAAGCAAUUUAGCAAAUCUGGAGACCUUAAUGUCAACCUCCUGCGCCAUGAGGACCGACCCCAGCGUCGCAGCUCGGUCAGGAAGAUUGAGAAGAUGAAGGAGAAGAGGCAAGCCAAGUAUUCCGAGAACAAACUGAAAUGCACAAAAGCCCGCAACGACUAUUUAUUGAACCUGGCAGCCACCAACGCCGUCGUGGCAAAAUAUUACAUCCAUGAUGUUUCGGAUAUGAUUGAUUGCUGUGAUCUCGGAUAUCAUGCUAGCUUGGCGCGCACAUUAAGGACGUAUCUGUCUGCUGAGUAUAACUUGGAGACAUCGCGCCAUGAGGGUCUGGACAUUAUUGAGAAUGCAGUAGACAACCUGGACCCUCGCAGCGACAAGCACAAGAUCAUGGACAUGUACAAUCAGGUGUUUUGCCCACCCAUGCGCUUUGAGUUUCUGCCGCACAUGGGAGAUGAGGUGUGCCAGGUGAGUGCCCAGCAGCCCGUGCAGACCGAACUUCUGAUGCGUUACCACCAACUGCAGUCCCGCUUGGCUACACUCAAGAUUGAAAACGAAGAGGUACGCAAAACCCUGGAUGCCACCAUGCAGACCUUACAAGACAUGCUGACAGUUGAGGACUUUGAUGUGUCAGACGCCUUCCAGCACAGCCGAUCCACAGAGUCCAUUAAAUCCGUGGCUUCCGAGAGCUACAUGAGCAAGUUAAACAUUGCUAAGAGACGAGCCAAUCAGCAGGAGACAGAAGUCUUUUACUUCACUAAAUUCAAGGAGUACCUGAACGGCAGUAACCUCAUCAUUAAGCUGCAGGCCAAGCAUGACCUGCUGAAACAGACUCUGGGGGAAGGAGAAAGGGCCGAAUGUGGAACUACAAGACCCCCAACCCUUCCCCCGAAACCACAGAAAUUGCGGAAACCAAGGCCUCGUUCCAUCUAUAACCAUAAGCUGUUUAAUGGCAAUAUGGAGAGUUUCAUUAAGGAUUCAGGUCAACCCAUUCCUCUGGUGGUGGAGAGCUGUAUUCGAUACAUUAAUCUAUAUGGGCUGCAACAACAAGGCAUAUUCCGAGUUCCUGGAUCUCAGGUGGAAGUCAAUGAUAUUAAAAAUUCAUUUGAAAGAGGUGAGGAUCCACUGGUUGAUGAUCAGAGCGAUCAGGACAUCAACUCAGUGGCGGGUGUUCUCAAGCUGUAUUUCAGAGGGCUGGAAAACCCCUUGUUCCCCAAGGAGCGCUUCCUGGAUAUGAUCUCCACCAUCAAGCUUGAAUCAUCUGCUGAAAGAGCCCACCACAUCCAGCAGAUCAUCGUCACCCUUCCUCGCACCAUCAUCAUUGUCAUGAGAUACCUGUUUGCUUUUCUCAAUCAUCUGUCCCAGUACAGUGAUGAGAACAUGAUGGACCCAUAUAACCUUGCAAUCUGUUUUGGACCCACUCUGAUGCCCAUCCCAGAGGGUCAGGAUCCUGUGGCCUGCCAGGCUCAUGUUAAUGAGGUCAUUAAGACCAUCAUCAUCCACCAUGAGGUCAUCUUCCCCAGCCCGCGAGAGCUGGACGGCCCUGUCUAUGAGAAAUGCAUGACUGGAGGAGAGGAGUACUGUGACAGCCCUCACAGUGAACCAGGCACCAUUGAUGAAGCAGACAACUGCACCGAACCACACACAAGCGAUGAUGAGGUGGAGCAGAUUGAAGCCAUUGCAAAGUUUGACUACAUGGGUCGGACUCCUCGAGAGCUGUCCUUCAAAAAAGGCGCGUCCCUUUUGCUGUAUCAUCGUGCAUCUGAGGACUGGUGGGAGGGCAGACACAACGGGGUUGAUGGCCUCAUACCCCACCAGUAUAUAGUAGUACAAGACCUGGAUGAUGCGUUCUCUGAUAGUCUGAGUCAGAAGGCUGACAGCGAGGCCAGCAGUGGACCUUUACUGGACGAUAAAACCUCAUCCAAAAAUGAUCUGCAGUCCCCUUGUGAACCUUCGCAUGAUUACAACUUUGGCGGGGUCAUGGGCCGGGUUAGACUGCGUUCGGAUGGGUCUGCCAUUCCUCGACGCCGCAGUGGGACUGACUCUCACAGUCCUCCCCGAGACACACCACCACGGGCCGCCGCCUGCCCCAGCAGCCCCCACAAGGUGGCGGUCACUAGGGGCCACAUAGAGAGUCCUGAGAAGAGACGUUUGGGAACCUUUGGCAGUGCAGGGAGCAUUAACUACCCUGAGAGGAAGGUCUAUCCUGAAGGUCACCCGCUCAGGCCUGUUCCAGGAGCAACAAGACACAGCAGCCUUGGGGACCACAAGUCCUUGGAGGCUGAGGCUUUAGCAGAGGACAUUGAGAAGACAAUGAACACUGCACUUCAUGAGCUCCGUGAAUUGGAACGCCAGAACACGGCCAAACAAGCUCCCGACGUAGUUCUGGAUACGUUAGAACCGCUCAAAAACCCUGUGAGCUCAGAGCCAGCGAGCCCCUUACACACCAUCAUGAUCCGAGACCCGGACGCGGCCCUGAGGCGCAGCAGCAGCUCCACCUCCGAGAUGAUGACAACCUUUAAACCGGCGCUGUCCGCCCGAUUGGCCGGAGCCCAGCUCAGACCUCCACCUAUGAGACCCGUGCGACCCCCGCCCACACAGCAUCGCUCCAGCAGCUCCAGCUCCUCUGGGGUGGGAAGCCCUGCCGUGACCCCCACAGAGAAGAUCUUUCCAAACAACGCAAGCAAUGCUGCAGCUUCCUCCGCAAACUCGGGCGAGAAACCUGGAACCAUGUAGCCCGUGAUGCGAUGAAGCUACCUGUGCUGGUGAGGGCAAACCGGGGCAUGAUGCUCCAGGAAGGAAGUUCAGGAGUGCUUUUUAUUUCAUUUUCAAUUGUAAUUUUUUGAGCCUAGAAGAGUGCAAAGCUGAAGCCUAGUGGUCGGCACACGUGCUCUGAGCUUGUUUGUGGAUAAUAUGAGUUGAAACUGGCUCAGGUGAUCUCCUCAUUCCAUUCUGUUCUUCCCAUAAUUUCCUGUCCUCUCUAUGAAAGAGACAAAAAAGCCUAAAAAACAAGAAAAAGAAAGACUUUUCUAAGGUAAAUUUCAUGCAACAGAGCUGCAUUAUAUAAAGUAUGAUAAAAAAAACAAAAGUUUUUUUAAUUAUUAUUAAUUUUACCUCAGAAUUAAUAUUAAGUUGUCCUUUUUGGCCUUCUUAUUCUUAUGUGAACUUUAUUUAGAGCAAGAUUAAACACAUUUGUUUCUCUGCACUGGUUGGCCAGAAGAGUUCUGUAAUUCAGGAGUGAAGAAUCUCUCAUUGGAGGACUGUUCUAAGAUAACCGACAAGUUCCUCCCUCAAGAACUGGACUGUACAUAUAAUAGAACCAAACGGUCACUCAAAGACUGUCUAACAUGGCCAGCUACCUUUGAGCUGUUGUAAAUAGAGAUAUACUGUACUUGAACUUGUAAUGCCUUUCGUUUGUAGAAUAAGCGAUAUACAUCUAAGUAACGACAUAGCCGAGCUGUAUACAUAUAUGAGAUGCAGAAAACCAAUAUACCAACUAAUUGUAAGAAACCUGUGGUAAAAUGUAGUUUUACUUGUAUAUAAAUUUUGGGUAGAUUCUUUUUUCAAGUGUCAAUCUUCUACAGCCGAGGACAUGACCAGGCAGGGAGACUAGAAUGGCAAAAGCUUUUACAACCAAUAAGCAAACAAAUCAUGAAUCAGUAGUCAGUCUGAGCCAUUAAUAUAAAUAUUAGUUUGGGGAGUGUUCUUUUUUCCCCCCCUUUUUUGGAUCACAUUAGUUUCCUAAUACAAAAAGCAGUUCUUCAUGCUGAAUUUACACAUUUAAAUGCAUCAUUCUAUAAAUUUACAUGGCUUUAGGGUAUUCCCAUGAGCUCCCUCCACGUUAUUGCAAACAUCCAUCAAUUACAUAUUACAUUUUUGUAUCCCGUAAUAUAUACUUCAACUUAUUAUAUGAAUAUUAAAACUUACUAAAAUAACCAGAUGGUACACAAGUGACCAAAGUGUUGGUGACCUCAAAAGAGUGAAUCAAACAAUGUGUCCAUGUCAUAUUUUGAUGAGAAUUUGUCGUGAAAAUGUGAUUAACUCGCAUGACAAAAAAAAAAAAAUCAUAAUAUAAAAAAUCCUUAAAAUAGGUCUCAUAUUCAAAAUAUAUUUUCAUAUUUCUUUCUUUUGUUUUGGGAUGAUCCGGACAUAUUUUAGAGAGAUCCCCCUCCCCCCCACAAUUUUUUUCCUUGUAUAUUAAAUAUACUAUGCGAAGUACAGCAUUCAGUGUAAUAAAUGCUACAUUUAUAAAUCCAUAACGCACUCUCUCUGGUGAGGUUCACAUCCCUCCAACCAAUCUAAAUAUUUAACAUCCUAAAAAUAUGCCUCAUUUUCUUAUGCAAAAUAUAUUUUUAUAUUUUUUUCUCUUGGCUUUGGGAUAAUCCGGACAUCUAAUUGUGAUAUUCACCCAAAAACAGUCUUGUUUAUGUCAGAUAUAUGGUGCAAAGUACAUCGCAUUUCCCAGUGUAAUGAAUGAUACAUUUGUAAAUCCAUACCACACUCUCUCUGGUGAGGUACAGACCCCUCCUCCCAAUUUAAAUAUUCAAUAGCCUAGAGAAACCAGCUCCAACAAGAGAAGCUUCACUGCCCCCAAUCUGUCAUAUCAUCUCCGGUUCAUCUUCAGUGGUACCCCUCCUCCCUGAGCUGUGCUUGAAGAGGGAAUACCCAGUCGUGAACAAAAUUUGCCCGACUGACCUAGAUAUCCACUUAAAUACACUGAACCCAAAGCUUUAAUCUCAUCUUCCCUGAUUUUACAUUUACAGUUUGCCUUAGGAUUUGCCACUUCACGCAGUCCAAUCAGAGUGACCGUAUGUGAGAGCUUGUGUAGCUUGAAAAAAAUAUGAAUUACAUAAAAAUAGACUGAUUACUAAAACAGUACUGUUACAACGCACAAAAAAUAUUCCUUUAUUUGCAUUUGAAGUCAUGCUUGAGCUGUUGCAUCAUCUGUCCGCGUUAGUCUUACAUUUCUCGUUGAUGCCAUACUGAUUUACGCUUGCGUUAGGAGCAUAAAAAAUUAAAAAUCACUUCCGAGACUCCAUGUCCUGUUGCUGCCAUCUCGAAUUUCCUUUAAUGAAUGAUUUUGCUAAGACUGGUAAUUAGCUUCUGUCUGAAUUCCUAAGCUUUGUAGUAGCAUGAGCCUGUUGUCCGCAUGUGAGGGAGACCGACGUGCACGUGCUUCUCUUUACCAAUAAGCAACACUGUUCAAAGACUAAUAGUGGUGCCUUUCCCUAGAUACAAAGUACUAAAUGCAUUAGCCUUCAGCCACAAGGGGGCGAAGGGAAACCGGGUUCGUAGCUGCAAGGAUUAGGCUCAUCUCAGGAAGUGAUUUUAAUUUUGUUCUUAUAUCUUACCGUAUCACUUCCCAAUAGGCACCAUUUAAACAUACUAUAUGUGUAAAGACUAUUAUUUACAAUUAUUUCUGGAUGUUCAUUUGAAUUCAGUCAUGAUCACACUUCUGCAUAAUUUCACCUGGAUGGAUGAGGGCGUAAUUCUAUUUACAGUAAAGAAAACAUGCAGAAUAUUGCAAUGCAUAAUUCAUAAUCCAAUGUAUAAAACAGACUUUUUUGGGUCAUCAUUCUGUGAUUUGAAGUACAGGGUUCCCAUAGAAAACCUGGAAUCUUAAUAAUGAGAUUUCCAGGCCUCGAAAGUCGUUAACAUGAAAGUCAUUAAAAAAUAUGGAAAUUUCUAUAGUGAAUACAGGCAUGCACUUUCCUUGUUCUCAGCAUGAAAAUAAUUGAUUGGCUAGAAAUAAAAUUCUAUAGAAAUUUUUAAAGAAGUAUAAAAAAUAAAAAAUGUGGUGUUGUUAAUAAUAAUAAUAAUAAUACAUCCUCAUCCAGUAAUCAUGAAUGAAUUUACUUUAAAAUCCCCCUGUGGUGAAAAUCAAGAUUUUAUUGUUGUUUUAUGUCUAUGUGGUGUCUUUAAUAUGCUUUAAGACAAACCAUAUGCAAAUUCAUUCAAGUCUACACCAUUGCUGAGUAUUUUCUCUUUAAAACUGCAAUGAUCCAAAGACAAUUUCAAAAACGCGGUUUGAAAUCACCGGUGUUUCUGAUGUCACAAACUACCUUGUAACCAAUCACGUCAAGGUGUGAUCGUCAACAAGUGGAUAUCUGAGCUGGUGUGAGUAGAGGCGGAGCUUAUUUGCAUAUUCAUAAAACCACGUGAGGCAAGGGUGUAGAGUUACAUUCAAGCUAUUUUAAGGCAUGAAGAUUUUUUUUCAAGGAAAAAAAAAAACAAAAACGUUUAAAUAUGUAAUUUUAUUGAUCAAAGAUUAGUUUCAAGGGAUAAAUUGACUACAGUUUUGACUACAGGUGGAUUUUAAAAAAACAAUAAUGAUAAAAAAAUGUGUGGGAACCCUGUACCCUGAAGCACUGAAGUCUUGUUUAGUGUGGAUUUACCAGACAAACCUUUCUCUACAUAUAAGGGCUAAGACAAAUACUGCCCUUUGGUGGCCUUAUUUGGCCUAUCCCCGCUCAUAGUCUCCCUCUGUUGGUCAGUGCUGGUAUUGCCCAUUCAUUGACAAAGAAUGUGCAGGAAAAAUUCAAAUUGUUGGCAGACUUGAAGCUUUUUGGUACAAAUGUGAAAUUGUUACCACAUUUCUCAAAGUUUCUCAUACGUUCUACGGAAUAUCUUUUCUUAGUGUCAUUGUAGGCAUUCUUAACUUUAGCUUGCACUAGCAGCCAUGCACCAAAGGUUCACAUAAAUCAGUGUACGUUGAGAAAUUCACACCCUUGGAUUUUCAUACACUGUCUUUACUCGUGCUGUAAUCAUGCCUUUGAGUGUUAUGAAUUUAAAUACUUGAGUAUCAGACUUCUGCUCGUUCUGCUGGGAAAAUCAGUGCAUUACUUUCUCACAUAUCUGUUGUACAGCUCAUCUAGUAUACAUAGUGUACAGUAGCGCUUAUGUAACGAGCCGAUGUUUGAUAAUAAAUGAUAUCAAGUUUACAGAAACUGCCAUCCGUAACAUACUAAAAUAGUCAUGGCCUUUUAAUUCAUGUUGUGUCAUUCAUCUCUGUUUAUCUCUCCUCUGCCAGUGAACUCGAGGCUGUGCUGUGAAAAACGUACACUUUUGCUGUUAAGUUAAAACUUCUACCCAAGCUAAUGCAUUGCAGUAUUUAAGACCGUGUUGGUCUGAUAAUAGGAUGUUGUAUGGUACUUGCACGAUUUCUAAGGCACUUGGUGCAUCCCUGUACUUAAUAGACUGUAUGUGAUGUUACUGGAAGUAUGUUUUGGGAAUGUAUGCUACAUUGGGAGUGUAUUGUACGUAUGCCACAGUGGGUGUUUAUUGUAUGUACGCUAAGAUAACAGAAAAAAAAUAGGCUUUCUCCUUCUCUGGACACGAUGUUCAACAGGACAAAAGUGCCGUCUGUCUGUAGUAGUGGGUUGUGAAAACUGUCGUUUGGGUUUUUUUCCUCCUCUAAACACUUUUUGUCUAGUGAUGCUGUUCUUAAAUGAGUGUUUGAAUGGUUGGAUUACCCCCCUGUGAUGUUAUCCUACACCAUCCCACUGUUUGGAUGUGAACCAUUCUUAAGUCCAAAUAAAUACAUUUUUUUUUAACCUUA